GUGGGAUGGGUUGGAUACACGCACCAAUAUUGCUAGAUCUCUUUCAUAGAUAGGCCAGGCAACAGAUUUGAGAAUGAAGAAGGCAUCUUGUGCUGCGCUUUUUGUGGUGGUGGUGGUAGCUGUGCUUCUAUGCGAAGCAACGCCGACGGCAGAGGCAGUGACAUGCACUCCGACGGAGUUGAGCCCAUGCCUACCGGCCAUCACGUCGUCGGCGAGGCCAUCUAGCAGUUGUUGCAGCAAGUUGAAGGAACAGAAACCAUGCCUCUGUGGGUACUUGAAAAAUCCAAACCUCAAGCAGUAUGUUAAUUCUCCUGGUGCCAAAAAGGUUCUUAGCACUUGUGGUGUUCCCCUCCCUAAUUGUUAAUUAGCUAGCUGAUCAAAACUUUACUAUUGCCUUUGGACUACUCUGUACGUGUACUAAGAAUAUCAAUAAUUCUGAGUAUUAAAAAAAGAAAAAAGAAAAAAAAAAAUAGUAUAUAUCAAUAGUGAAUAAUGCAGUUCAGGAGAACUGGUCAAAACGAAUGAUUUCAAAUGAUGAAAUCCUUUGUAUGCUUUUAUCUAUAUUUGAGUAAUGAAUAAUGUUCUACUAUGUAUGGUACUUUAUUGGA